AUGCAGCGACUCCCAUCCUCCCUGCGCGGGACUAACCGCGCGCACCAUCAUCUCCAGAUCCGAAGCACAAGAACCUAUGCAACGCAACCAGCUUCUUCUGCUCACUCCGCCGUCAACUACGCGCACCAACUCCGUACCCUCGAGCAACUAAAGCAAGGCUCGAAGCGGCCGCUCACCCUGACCGAGAAACUCCUCUACAGCCACCUGAUCACCUCUGGCAACCGCGAAUGGAAUCUUGAGAAGAUUCAGCGCGGCCAGAGCAUUCUGGAACUGCGCCCGGACCGGGUGGCGUGCCACGAUGCGACGGCCACCAUGGCGUUGUUGCAGUUCAUCAGCGCGGGCUUGCCCCGCGUGGCCGUGCCCACCACCGUGCAUAGCGAUCACCUCAUCAUCUCCGAAAAAGGGUCAGAAGAGGAUUUGCGACGGGCGGAGACGGAGCAUCGCGAGGUGUAUGAGUUCCUGAGCAGUGCGUCGAAGAAAUACGGGAUCGGGUUCUGGAAGCCUGGUUCGGGGAUUAUCCAUACGGUUAUUUUUGAGAAUCAUGCUGUGCCUGGUGGGUUGAUUAUUGGAACGGAUUCGCACACACCCAAUGCAGGAGGGCUGGGGAUGCUGGGAAUCGGGGUUGGAGGCGCGGAUGCCGUAGAUGCAAUGUCGGGGAUGCCCUGGGAGCUGGUGGCGCCGAAGGUGGUCGGUGUGCGGCUGACAGGACAGUUGCAGGGCUGGACCUCCACGAAGGAUAUCAUAUGCAAGUUGGCGGGCCUGUUGAGCGUCUCCGGGGGUAAAGGACGGGUCAUUGAGUUCUUCGGCCCCGGCACGCAGACACUGGGCGCAACCGCCAUGGCCACCAUCUGUAACAUGUCCGCCGAGAUCGGCUCCACCUCGUGCAUAUUCCCCUACUCGGAUGCCAUGGGUCGGUACCUGAAGGCCACCGGACGAGCGGACAGUGCGGAGCGGAUCGAGGCUGGAAACACGAGAUCCACGCUGUUAACGGCGGAUGAGGGCUCGGACGACUACUACGAUCAGAUCAUCGAGCUGGACCUGACCACCCUGGAGCCCCACGUCAACGGCCCAUACACCCCCGACCUGGCGCACCCGAUCUCGAAGCUGAAGGAUGCGGUGGCCGGGCAGGAUUGGCCCGUGGAGCUGAGCCACGCCAUGGUCGGCAGCUGCACCAACAGCUCCUACGAAGACCUAGACAAAGCCCGUCAGAUCGUGUCGCAGGCCCGUGCAGCGGGGAUCACCAAGUUCAAGACCCCGUUCAUGGUUUCCCCAGGAAGUGAACGCAUCCGCGCGACAGCCGAGGCCGAUGGUAUCUUGCAGGAGUUACGCGAUGCCGGAGCCAAGGUUCUGAGCAGCUCGUGCGGACCCUGCGUCGGCUCCUGGGACCGCAAGGAUGUGGCAAAGAAGCAGAAGAACUCGGUGAUCUCGAGCUUCAACCGCAACUUCAUCGGUCGUCAUGACAGCAACCCAGCGACGCACUCCUUUGUCACCUCGCCGGAACUGGUGACUGCGUUUGCCUACGGCGGGCGAUUGGACUUCAACCCGCUGACGGAUAGUAUCGCCUCAGAUAAAGGCAAUGUGCGACUGAGUCCUCCGGUCGGCGAGGAACUGCCCACACAGUUCGAAAGUGGACAGGACCUGUUUCAGCCACCGUCGAGUGACGGGGGCGCUGAAGCGGUGGCUAUACACUCCGACUCUGACCGCUUGCAACUGCUGAAACCCUUCCCGGCCUGGCAGAAGGGCGCGGCACAGACAAUGGAGCUGCUCAUCAAAGUGAAGGGCAAGUGCACGACAGACCAUAUUUCCCCCGCCGGUCCGUGGUACAAGUACCGGGGCCAUCUGGAAAACAUCAGCAACAACAUGCUUACCACCGCGACCAAUGCGUUCCUCCCCGCGAAUGACCCGCAAUUACUGGGUCAUACCCACCACCCUAUCACAUCUGAGUUGCAGGUUGUACCGCAGGUGGCGCGGGACCUCAAGCAACGCGGAGUGAGGUGGUGUAUUGUGGGUGAUCACAACUACGGCGAGGGCAGCUCGCGGGAGCACGCCGCUCUUGAGCCCCGGUAUCUGGGAGGCGUCGCGGUGAUUGCACGCUCCUUCGCGAGAAUCCACGAGACCAAUCUGAAGAAGCAGGGUAUGCUGCCUUUAACCUUUGAGGAUCCAGCUACAUACGAUCGUAUUGCCGAGGGCGACCGGGUUUCAUUGAUUGGCGUUGAGGAGGGCGAGCUUGCCCCGAACUCGCAGGUGGUCAUGCGAGUCACACCCCGAGAGGGUCAGGCGUGGGAGGCCAAGCUGAAUCAUAGCUAUCAUGCUGGUCAAAUCGCGUGGCUACGGGCUGGAAGCGCCUUGAACCAUAUCAAAGCGACUGCUCUCUCGUGA